UAGAUGCGAUCGGAGCGGUGUCGGUAGUAACUGGAAAGAAAAUCAGGUUGGUGGGAGAAUAUGGUUAAUUGCAGUUCUACACGGCUUCGCGUUCGUCAGUCGUGUGCUAUUGAUGCUCGAUCGCGAACCGAUACUUCUGUUUGCAAGUGAAUCUCUAUUAUACCAGAAUUUCAAUGAUGUUUUAUUUCGGGUAUAUGAAGAAAUGUAUGUUGCUUCUUGUGAUCGUUUCUAUGAUUCAUCGAUCAGUAACUGAUCAAUUAGAUCCACCAAUCCCUUGUAAAGAAGAUCAUAAUUGCAUCGAAUUUUCAAAUAGCUUAAAAAAUGCAUUUUGUCAUAAUGGACAUUGCGUAUGUAAAACGGAUAAAGAAAUUAAAAACUGUUCCAGUGCGGAUAUCUUACAANNNAAUCGAAGCGCAGGAGCUCCGAUUUUUCAGAUUUGCAAAAUCGAUAAAGAUUGUACAAUUAAUAACUCUUUUUGCAACACGACGAUAAUGCAAUGCGAAUGUCAAAAAAAUUAUAUUUUAUCAAGUAACAAGAAAGUAUGCCUUAAAAAGGUCGAAGGAUUGGAUUUUCCUUGUAUAGAGAGUAGACAAUGUUUAACAUUCCUACCAAAUACGACAUGUCAAAAUAACCAAUGUAGUUGUAUAUCUGGAUAUCAUUAUGUGCAAAAUGCUUGUUACGAAAUGAUUGAUAUUGGAAAACCAUGUCGCCAAUCGGAAGAAUGUAUUCACGUUAACGGUGCUGCAUGCACUAAUAGAGGAGUGUGUGAUUGUAUAAAAGAAACUGUGAUCAAUGAAAAUCGACAAAAAUGUUUACCGGUUGCGAGGGAUAUCUUGGAUAUUUGCGUGGAAGAUAUACAAUGCAGUAAAACUUUCUCUGAUUCACUAUGCAUUGAUGGAUUGUGUCGAUGUCAAAAUCAAUAUCACUUUGAAUCCGAAAUAAAGCAAUGUUAUUUCAAUAAAAAACUUGGUGAAACUUGCGCGAAUACGUACGAAUGUUACCAAAAUGAAGAAAAUGAGAAUGUGACACGUAAAGCAGUAAAGUGCAUGGAAAAUGUGUGUGUAUGUAUUGAAGAUUAUGUGAGACAGGACAAUAAAUGUGUAAACGAAGGAACACGGUUUGAUAUUCUACCUAUUUUGCUCAUAAUGAUCGUAUCUAUCGUAUUAUUUAGACAAAACUAGACGAAACGUUGAAUUUUGGUCGGUAAAGGUACAUAUAUGCGAGCAGUUUUGAUCUACAUCUUCUCGAUGACAUAAUUGAAACACGACGCGAGAUUCAGCACAGAAAGUGAAAAAAGUAGGAGAGCAGUGUGGCAUUGGAUGACACUAUGACUACAUAGAAUUGCGCACCGAGUGCAUCGAGAGAGUAGGUUGGGUGCACCGAACCGUUUAAAGACUUCCUGCGCUGUGCAUGCAAUUAACACGCUCAGACUGCGCUACUGCGCGAUUCAUUCUCGCGACCGCUUCUAUACUUAUCUUGCAAACUGUGCCAAAGAAACAGAUAUGUUUGUUAACGAAUACCAAUCGAAUAAUCAUUCUAUAUUUUAUCAUUUGCGUUGAUAUGAUUACAAAAAAAAUGAUCUUUUAGGAGCUAAAUCUAAUUAAUUUAUAAAAAAUUAAACAUUAAAUGUUUACUUUUGCAAAGUUUGAAAUUAAUUACUUUAGCUUCUGAGUGAUUCGUUAAUGUGAAGUGAAAUGUCGUUUAAUAUUUAUAUAAAUGCAUGUGUCAACAAUAUAUUGUGAUCUUUUGGAAUCUCAUUACAGUCAGCUUGAAUUUUUUUAUAGGAUAAAGCAACAGUAUUUUAUUUUUUUUUAUACGACUAUUUAUAAAUAUUUCUUGAUAGAUGAAUAUCUAGAAA